AUGUUGCGAGAGCGAGCUAAGCGGACGACACUCCCUCCAGCUCAGCAGAAUAUUGAUAAGUUAGAGAAAGUUGUGAAGGAAGGCAAUUACUAUGGAGCUCAACAGAUGUACAAGUCUACUAGCGCAAGAUAUAUAGCCGCCGAAAGAUAUUCGGAGGCCUUGGAUGUUCUUCAGGCGGGUGCUUGCAUCCAGUUGGCAAAUGCGCAGGUGACUUGUGGGGCUGAGCUAGCUGUGUUGUUCGUGGAGACACUUGUAAAGGGAAAAUAUCCUUAUGAUGAUGAUACUCUUGACUGUGUCAGGAGAAUUUACAAGAAGUUCCCUCGAAUUUCUGUGCCACAACACUUGGACUUAACAGAUGAUGAUGAUGUACAACAACUUUCUGAAUUCCUUGGGGCAGCAAAAACGCGUGUGGAGUGCUGCUCGUCAUUUUUAAAAGCUGCUAUUAAGUGA